UGAGGAACCCAUCAUAAACGCCAGAGAUUGUCUUCCACAGAGACCAACAGACGAAUACGCAAACAUGAAGUCUAAUCCUGCCAUCCAAGCUGCCAUCGACCUCACAGCAGGGGCUGCAGGUAAUCCCAGAGAAAAUCAAGCCCUCCAUGUCCCUCGAGCACCUGCUAAACACGAGGGCGGGUGAAUGCAGUGUGAACAUACUGUCUUUGCCACCCAUGAAACAAUAUUCCGGGGCACCGCAUGUGUCCUGACCGGGCAGCCCUUCGACACAAUGAAGGUGAAGAUGCAGACGUUUCCCACCCUCUACCGGGGCUUCAUCGACUGCUGUCUGAAGACCUACUCCCAGGUGGGCUUCCAGGGCUUCUACAAGGGCACCAGCCCAGCACUGAUUGCCAACAUUGCUGAGAACUCUGUCCUCUUCAUGUGCUACGGCUUCUGCCAGCAGGCGGUGAGGAAAGUGAAUGGACUGGACAAGCAGGCGAAGCUGAGUGACCUCCAGAAUGCGGCUGCUGGGUCCUUUGCUUCUGCGUUUGCUGCACUGGUGCUCUGCCCCACUGAGCUUGUCAAGUGCCGGCUGCAGACCAUGUACGAAAUGGAGACAUCAGGAAAGGUAGCGACGAGCCAGAAUACAGUUUGGUCUGUUGUGAAGAGUAUCCUUAGGAAGGAUGGCCCCUUGGGCUUCUACCAUGGACUGUCAAGCACUUUACUUCGAGAAGUACCGGGCUAUUUCUUCUUCUUCGGUGGCUAUGAGCUGAGCCGAUCGUUUUUUGCAUCAGGGAGAUCAAAAGAUGAACUAGGCCCUGUCCCUUUGAUGUUAAGUGGUGGAGUUGGUGGAAUUUGUCUCUGGUUGGCUGUGUAUCCAGUGGAUUGUAUCAAAUCCAGAAUUCAGGUUCUUUCCAUGACUGGAAAACAGGCGGGAUUUAUCAGAACCUUUGUACGUGUUUUGAAGAAUGAAGGAAUAAAGGCUUUGUAUUCUGGACUGAAACCGACUAUGGUUCGUGCGUUCCCUGCCAACGGGGCCCUGUUUCUGGCCUACGAAUACAGCAGGAAGCUGAUGAUGAGCCAGUUUGAAGCGCAGUGAGGUGCCUUGCGGACCUGGACCCAGGCACUCGUUUGAGGACCACAGUUCAUCUCAGGGCUUCACAGAGUACAAGAACUAUGUGCAAUUGUUUUGACUUCAUGAGAAUUUUGUUUUUGUCUUCCCUGCUUCUACCUUAAAUCUUAAACUUUAUGGGAGAACUUCUAGUUUACAUCUAUAAAUUCUGUCCAUAUUGUAUUGAAAUAGAAAAAUUGCUGUUCUUCCCCUUGGUGAAAUAGAGUGAGCCAGUGGCCUUGUGUACCUCCACUGGAAGGCUGAACAUAGGUCUGCCAGGGCUUUUUCUUGAACCUGUAUGUGCACUUGGGGUUGGAUGGUUAUGUGCUGUGAAAUGCAAUUUUGUUCCAUGUUUCAUCUCAGAUAUUGCCAGAAAAACCCAGAGUUGAGCAGAUUUAUGAAGAUGGUUAUAAAUGAUUGUGUAACCCAUUUAAGAUGUAAGGUCAGCUUAAAGUCUGCUUAACAUGUGCACUGUACACGUUGAAGUUUUAAAGUUUUUGUGUGGUGCUUGAAAACCAAAAUAUCCAUCUGGAUUUUUAAGAGAAUAUUUCUGUGUUCUGGUGUGGCUUCCACAUUCUUGAGUUUUGGAGUAGGCAUCCUGGAUUUUCCCAAGAUGCUCUGCUCUCACUGACAUAGUACCUGCCAUUUGCCUUCUAAGUGGGAUCAUACUCCUCACUCCAGCUGCAUUGCUGGAUGCGGCCUAGAGCCUUCUCUUACACCACCUUCCCUUCCUCCCUCUCCAAAGUGUUUCCCUCUGCUGGGCUUCCAACGGAGGAAAGGGCUGAGGAGACGGGGCUGUGCUGCCAUGCUUUGAUGGAGACCUAUGUGGCUGACAGCAACUCUUAGCUUCUGGUCUCUGGGCCCCUGCCUGGGUAGGAUUCCAGGGUGUUCUCCUUGCCCAUCUAGGGGCUGUUGAUCCACUUCGGCCCACUCACUGUCCUCUCUGCCUCAUACCAGUCACAAACCGUUCCAGGGACAGCAUGCCAAAGCCAGGAGAAGCCUCAUCCCUGUUUGGUGAUCAAGUGACAGUGCUCGUGAGCGAAGUCCCCUCCCCUCUUUGUAACAGAACUAGACAACUUAGUGCUAGCACUCUGCAGUGAGUAAUGGCAGGGUUAACUCAUCCUGAAGUUUACCGUAUGGCCUAUAACUCCUUGCCAUGCUUUCAAAGUGCUGGAGCCUUCUAAAAUUUGGUACUGGUGGUCAGAAUUUUAAUGAUGAUUAUAUAUGGGAUGUGACUUUAUAAAGUAUUGAAACAAUAAGAAAAGUAAUUUUGUAAGUAUACCAUAUAUCUGUAUCUACAUACACUGGCACAAAAGACCCACAGUUCAUCUGAUCCCUGGGGAUCCCUGGGAUCUAUUUUUUUGGCCAUAUGGUAUAAGAGGGUCAUUCUUACCACCACUAAAGCAAGCCCCAUCUUUCCAUACUGCCAAGAGCAGCAGGGUCCCUCAGUAUGGAGUGUUCUUCAGCAGCCUGCAGAGUGCCAGCAAGCGGGCACUAACCAUGAUUUCCAGUGGUCCAUGCCUGUGUGUCCGUCACAGUCAGCAGAAUGCAGACACAUCACACCUGUUUCUGUCAGCUUCGGCUCUCCGUGAAGCCUCUGUGCUAACUGCAGCCAUGGUGCCUGUGCAGGCAGGCCAGGGAGACAGGGUGCUGACUGACGGCUGCUGCAAAAAUCGGCCGGGAUGCUCGCUUGGCACGGUGUCUGGUGUGUGCAACAGCUGCAGGGUGGGCUUCCAUCUGCCUUUUCUUUCAAAGGAAACCAUUUUCUACUUUACUUUUUUCUCCAUGUUCAGAUGAUCGGUGGCUUGUGCGUGGUGCUUCGUCCUCACAGGCCUGGAUUUAAAGCAGACUGGGAAGCGGGCUGGCUUCCAACAGGAAGUGGGACUCCACAGUGCAUGUGCCGAUGCCCGUUAGCCCUAUUGUCAGCAGACCUUGUUUUCACAUGUUGUCCAGUAAAGAUUUGACUAAAUAAAUAGAAAUCGCUUGAAGCACGUCGUAGUCAGUGGGAACAAGGAGUGGGGACCCAGGUUGGGAGAAUUUGUUUUCAUUCUAUUUGCUUAAUUCACAUUCAGUAUUUGAGUACAGUUUGUACCAUUUCAGAUCUGUACUCCAGGCAAAACAUACACUAAUACAAAAUAUUGUGUUUAAGAAAAUUUGGGGAUCGACUCAACGGCACUGGGUUUGGUUUUUUGGUUUUACGAUUAUUUAGGAGCCCUGGUGGCACAGUGGUUAAGAGCUCGGCUGUAACCAAAAGGUCAGCAGUUCGAAAUCACCAGCUACUCCUUGGAAACCCUAUGAGGCAGUUCUGUAGGGUUGCUGUGGGUGGGAAUUGACUCGACGGCAUUGGGUUUGGUUUUUUGUUUGGUGGUGAUCUCCAGACAUUCUGAGCCACCAACGUGGGUGGCCCAAGUUGUUUUUGUAAAUGCAUUGGUUAUACAGUUGCUUAAUUUGAGUGGUCUGCCUCAAACCCUAUUUUUUCCUCCCACAAACUAUUUUUUUUAGUGUGUGUUUUUUGCAGAGUGUAAAGUUGGUUUUUGCUUUUUUAUUUUUAAUUUGCUGUCUCCAGUCUAAUUGUAGUUAGAGGAGAGGGAUGCUUUCAAUCCAUAAAACUGCCUACAUGCUAUCAACUCAACUUUUUAAAACCUCCGCCCCAGCCGCUGGUAACCACUAAUCAUGUUUUGUCCAGAUAGAUUUGCCUGUUAUAGGUACUUCAUAUAAGGCGAAUCAUACAGUAUGUGCCCUUCCAUGUCUGGCUUAUUUCACGUUUUCAAGGUUCAUCCGUGAGGUGGUAUGUGUCAAGAUUUCUUUUUUUUAAGCUGGGUUAUAUGCAGUAUUCCACUGUAUGUAAUACCACGUUUUGUUCAUUCCUCUGUUGAUGGAGACUUGGAUUGUUCCACCUGUUGACGACUGUGAGUAAUGCUGCAGCAAGGUUUACUCAGGAAUGAGGAUAUUACGUUUUCUAGCACAGACACCAGUUUUUAUUAGUUGCUAUACUUUUUGUUUUCUGAUGAACUCAACUUAAGUCUAGAUUAUUGAGUUCUUUACCAAUAAAAGGAAAAUCAUUCCAGUAAGGAUAAUUUCAAUAAAGCCAAAAUAAAACUGUUUUCAAGGACAGUUUUGGCCUUAAAGUACGGUGGAACCAAGGGCACUUAGAACAAGGUAGCACCCGGUACCAAAGUGAAAAUAAUGGUCAUCUAAGGACACAAGGAUUCCUUGGUGGCCUGAAUGAUUAACAUGCUCAGCUGCUAUCCAAAAGGUUGGAUAUUCGAGUUCACCUAGAGGUGCCUCAGAAGGCCUGGUGAUGUGCUUUGGAAAGACCCCAGGCAUUGAAAACCCUAUGGAGCACAGUUCUCCAGCGACACACAUGGAGUUGCCAUAAGUUGGAAUCAACUCCACAGCAGUAACAAUGGACACGGGACUAACCAGUGUUUAUAAUGAAAAGGUAGCCUGCCUUCACGGUUCCCCAAGCCUAGGUAAAUUUGGCUACGCAGAGCUCAUUUCAGUGGGGGUAAGUGUGGUAGGUUUUACAAUAAUCUAGAUUACUGUAAGAGCAAGUGCUCCGUUUAACUUCACUUAGGAUGAUACAUAAAAGCAGAGGUUACUGAAGAUUCAUUUUCCUUCAUGCUUACUGAGGUCUUUCACUCUCCUUGGGGAUGCAUGUUUGUGCAUUUGUGUAAUUAAAGGAAGACUGUCAUGUAAGCAACCCAACUGAUGCUUGAAGCACCAUGAAAAGUGUGUGUGUGUUGGAGGGGGGGGCUGUUUUUGUGAAACAUUUCUCCUUUCUGGGUUUAAAACUUAGUCUUUAUUUCCAGUUUGAUGUUUUUUACUAGUUUAUAAAUCAAAUUGAGGAAGGAGAUACAAAUUACAUUUUUAAUAAAUCUGAAAUUACAAUGAAAAAAGUUCAUAACAAGUACUGGUCCAAACACAUAUAAAUA